AUGGCAGCCCAGGCUCGGACCCCUCGGUCACGGUCACGAAUCUUGGGCUGCUCUUCCGUGUUGCGCUUUCUCCGAAGCCUGGUCGGGAGCAAAGGGAGUUCUAACAAGUCCCUGGCCAGGAGCGGGCCCAGCCCCUCACAAGAGCAGGAGGCUGUCUCCUCAAGGAUUGGCUCCCGGGGGGGUCGUUGGAGGAGGGGGCCAAGGCUACAUGCAGUGGUACCUAGGGUCCUCUCUGUAGCCCCCUCAAGCGUGCCGCCGCAUGAUGCCUUUGGGCUGGGCACUAGGGAUACGGGGUCCCAGACCCUCACCUCCAAGGAUACCCUGAAGCUCCCGGCCCAGGGUGUAGAGGUGACAUCAGUCCCCACCAGAGAAAUCACGGAGGUUCUGGGGCACCUGUCUGAGAAGAAAGGAGAGGAGAAAGAGACAGCAGGAGAGGCCUCUGGGGCCUCAGGGGCCUCAGACAGGGAGCACUUUGCUCAGGCCCUGGAGGCGGAACAAGGAUGCCUGCAGUGGGUUCCGGGACCACUGGCACUCGCCCCUGAGGCCUUGGUCAAAGAGGAAGAGGAGGGGCCCUGCCUAAUUGAGAUAGGAGACCUCAGGCUGACCUCCUGCAAGGUGGAGUCCACCCCAUGGAAUUAUCUCCUUGGCUUAUACAAACAACUGCAGAAAUCAGCCAUGGCCAAGGCUCAGAGACCAGGGGUGCCUCAGUAUCCUCCCAAGGACGGCUUGUCCCAUGAGGAGAAAGGGGAGCGAGAAGAAGCGGAGGAGGACAGCUACCUCAAGCUGUGUGCCCCGCGCGUCACUGCCACCUCCCAGUCUCAGCUGCAGAAGAUGUUUAGGGCCACGGAUACAGUGGGUUUCGUGGAGUCAGAGCUAAAGAAGAUUCUGGCAGUACGACGGGAGUCCCGCCUCUGGAAGGUGGGCAACCCGGAGGGCCGGGAGCUGCUCACCCAGCCAGACAUCACGCUGGAGGAGGCUGGCAUGGUAGAUGGUCAGCACCUGCUCCUGGAGGAGAUGGAUGAGAUGGGGAACUGGCCUCCUCCAGAGUGAGGCCCCGGCCGGCAGGAGCCCACGGUGCCCACACUCCUGGGACCCCAGUCC